UCUCCAUCGCACUCCCAUUUCUCUUGUGUAAUUUUUUUGUUUGGGGGGUUGCGUGUGUGUAUGUGUGUGUGUGUUUCUGUGAGUGUUUUUUUAAGGACAGGAGCAGUGCGUGUUUGUGGCCCUUGCAGGACAGAGGACUGAUAACUCUCCAGGAUGCAUCAGCUGACAGUGUUGACCUUGGUGCUGGUGGCUCUCUGCUCUUUAAGGAGCGUGGAUUCUUCAGCAUACGACAAGAUAGUCACACACAGCCGCAUACGGGCCAGGAAGGAAGGACCCAAUGUGUGCGCUCUGCAGCAGGUCCUGGGGACUAACAAGAAGUACUUCAGCACAUGUAGGAACUGGUACAAAGGCACCAUCUGUGGAAAGAAGGCUGUGGUCCUUUAUGAGUGCUGUCCUGGGUACAUGAAUCUGGAAGGCAUGAAAGGAUGCCCUGCAGUGGCUCCCAUCGACCAUGUGUAUGGUACUCUCGGGCUCGUAAAGGCUACAACAACACAGCAAUACACUGACAUGUCCAAGCUGAGAGAAGAAAUUGAAGGCAAAGGUUCUUUCACCAUGUUUGCACCCAGCAAUGAAGCCUGGGAUCAGCUGGCACCUGAAAUGCGGUCUGCACUGGAGAGCAAUGUAAACAUCGAGCUGUACAACGCUCUUCACUUCCACAUGGUGAACCGUCGAUUUCUAACCAAAGACCUGAAGAACGACAUCACUGUCACCUCCAUGUACAACGACCUGGGGCUCUACAUCAACCACUACUCAAAUGGGAUCGUAACAGUGAACUGUGCCAGGAUCAUUCAUGGUAACCAAGUUGCAACCAACGGUGUGGUGCAUGUUAUUGAUCGGGUCAUCGGCUUUGUGAGCAACACCAUCAAGGGCGUCCUGGAUGUCAACGAUGACCUCACCUCCUUCAGUGCUGCAGCGUUGGCGUCUGGCAUGAUGGACAAACUUGACCAGCCAGGACACUACACUUUGUUUGCCCCAACUAAUGAGGCCUUUGACAAACUAGCCCCGGGUCACCUUGAGCGCAUCAUGGGAGACAAGGAUGUAAUUGCAGCUUUGGUGAACUACCACCUGCUCAACAGUGUGCAAUGCUCUGAGGCAAUCAUGAGUGGGUCCACAUAUGAGACGGCAGAAGGCAGCACCAUAGAGAUCGGCUGUGAUGGCAACAGUCUGACGGUCAACGGUAUCAAGAUGGUGCUGAAGAAGGACAUCGUCACAUCCAACGGUGUUAUCCACCUCAUCGAUAAAGUGCUCAUCCCCGACUCAGCCAAGGAGGUCAUGGAGUUGGUGGGAGAAACCCAGAGCACCUUCAGCGACAUGGUGUCUGAGUUGGGAUUAGCCGCCGCAUUGGGUCCGAAGAGAGAGUACACACUACUGGCUCCUGUCAACACUGCAUUCACAAAGGAGGUGAUGUCCACAGAUCAAAGUUUUUUGAAAUACAUUUUGGAAAACCACAUCCUCAAGUUGAAAAUCACACUGAAUGAACUCUACAACGGACAGCUGCUGGAAACACUGGCCGGCAAACUGCUCAGAGUCUUCAUUUACCGCACGGCUGUGUGCAUAGAAAAUGCCUGUAUGAUGCGUGGAGGUAAAGAGGGAAGUAACGGAGCGCUCCAUGUGAUGAAGUCACUCAUCACACCCGCUGAGAAAACCAUCUACCAGCUUCUGGUCAUUGACGGACGCUUCAAGAUUUUCCUGUCACUGAUGGAGACAGCAGGUCUGACUGAUCUGCUCAAGCAGGAGGGCUCCUACACCAUCUUUGCACCCACUGACGAUGCCUUUGAGGGCCUCUCUAGAGAAGACUUCACUCUGCUCAAAAGUGAUCUGAAUGCUCUGAGGGUCAUUCUGCUGUACCACUUCAGUAAUGGCGUCUUCAUCAAUGGAGGAUUAGAAGGGGGAGUCACCAAUCUGCUUAAAACCAUCCAGGGCAACAACCUGCAAGUCACGUCUGUUAAUAACUCUAUUCUUGUCAACUCCGUGGGGGUUCCAGACAGUGACCUGAUGGCAACAAAUGGUGUGAUCCAUGUGGUGAAGAAUGUUCUCUAUCCUGCUGACCUUCCUGUGGGCCGCCAGGACCUCCUGGUUCUCCUGAAGAAGCUGAUUAAGUACAUCCAGAUUAAGUUUGUUUCUGGAUUUUCUUAUUCUGAGAUCCCACUCACCUUCAUCAGCUCCGAUCCAAUAAAGGUGAUCAGAGUGAUUGAAGGAGAACCGUCCAUCACCACGAGAGUCAUUGAAGGUGGAGAUCUCAAUGUAGAUGCAGAGAGAAUAGCAGAUGAGAUUACCAGGGUUGUCCAGGGCGACCCCUCCAAAACGGAGGUAACCAGGGUCAUCCAGGGUGACCCUUCCUUUAAAAAGGUUACCAGGGUCAUCCAAGGCAAUCCUUCACAAUCUACAGUAACCAGGGUGAUUGAUGGACAGUCUCCUGCCAUAGUCACGAGAGUCAUUGAAGGUGGAGAUCUCAAUGUAGAUGCAGAGAGAAUAGCAGAUGAGAUAACCAGGGUUGUCCAGGGCGACCCCUCUAAAACGGAGGUAACCAGGGUCAUCCAGGGUGACCCUUCCUUUAAAAAGGUUACCAGGGUCAUCCAGGGCAAUCCUUCACAAUCUACAGUAACCAGGGUGAUUGAUGGACAGUCUCCUACCAUAAUCACGAGAGUCAUUGAAGGUGGAGAUCUUAAUGUAGAUGCAGAGAGAAUCGCGGAUGAGAUUACCAGGGUUGUCCAGGGCGACCCCUCCAAAACAGAGGUAACCAGGGUCAUCCAGGGUGACCCUUCCUUUAAAAAGGUUACCAGGGUCAUCAAGGGCAAGCCUUCACAACCUACAGUAACCAGGGUGAUUGAUGGACAGUCUUCUACCAAAGUCAUGAGAGUCACUGAAGGUGGAGAUCUCAAUGUAGAUGCAGAGAGAAUAGCAGAUGAGAUAACCAGGAUUGUCCAGGGCGACCCCUCUAAAACGGAGGUAACCAGGGUCAUCCAGGGUGACCCUUCCUUUAAAAAGGUUACCAGGGUCAUCCAGGGCAAUCCUUCACAAUCUACAGUAACCAGGGUGAUUGAUGGACAGUCUCCAACCAUAUUCACGAGAGUCAUUGAAGGUGGAGAUCUUAAUAUAGAUGCAGAGAGAAUCGCAGAUGAGAUUACCAGGGUUGUCCAGGGCGACCCCUCCAAAACAGAGGUAACCAGGGUCAUCCAGGGUGACCCUUCCUUUAAAAAGGUUACCAGGGUCAUCAAGGGUAAGCCUUCACAACCUACAGUAACCAGGGUGAUUGAUGGACAGUCUUCUACCAAAGUCACAAGAGUCAUUGAAGGUGGAGAUCUUAAUGUUGAUGGAAAGAGAAUAGCAGGUGGAGCCAGAUUCACUGCAGGAAGCGAACCUUAUAUCAUUGAGGUCCCGGACCUCACAAGAAUCACCACUAUCCAUGGCAAUCCUAAUCUGAUUGAUGAGGAAUCAGAGAGGAUUACCAAAAUCAUUCAAGAGGGAGGAAAAUUCGCUGCUGCCAGGAAAGGUCCAGCUGGAAUGAGAAGGAGAGCAAGGCUGGUCAGGCGUCACCACAAGACAAAGCAGUAAAUCCAGAGAGAAAACACCUUUGGGCUCACCGCAAAGACUGAAUGCAUCUCCUGUGCUCCUGGUCGAGCCCAGGAGGAUAGAAAAACUGUGGACCAAUAGAGAGAGACAAGAUCCAUCUGCAUUUCUUUGCCCAAACCAAACAAUUGGAAUGAUUGUUUAUUAUUCCAUCUGGAAUACUCUGUAUGUGAUAGGCAUGGUGUGUAAUAACAAUGCAAUAUAAGAAAAACUUCAAGUACAUAACCUAAGUGUGCAAGGGAAAUAUGAACAUUUUCAUGGGGUAGAUGGUGUGAGAUGUAUUCUACCAACUUUUUUGUAAAGUUUUUUUUUUCUUUAGAAAUGUUACUUUGUUAACAGAUUACUUUGGAUGAUUUUUGUAUGAUUUCUAUUGUGCUCGCAUUCUGCGCGAUUGAUGAAUUCUAAUGAUUACGACAAAUGAUACAGUGUCAGUGUUUUACAACCAUUAGAUACUGUGCUGUACCUCUGUAAAUUAUCUCAUGAUCAUUAAAGAUACAGUACAUUUUUA